AUGGCAGAUGAACCAACAGGAAUUUCUGACGCGGAGAUGGGCGGAGAUCUAGGGGAUCUUUCGCAGUCUUUAGAGCCUGAUUAUGCUGACGGGUUGCCCGAGACGUUGGGAGAGGAGUUGCCUGACGGAAUUGAGGAUGAUUUCGGCGAUGAGGUCGUUUCUAAUACGUCUGGUUUAUUUGGAUUGGAGUCGAAGCAAGGGUCAGAGGGACCAGCGGAGCCAUUAGAGAACAAUUUAGGAGAUAACUUGGGAGAUAACCUGGGGGACAAUCUAGGGGACAAUCUAGGGAAUAAUCCGGAGGAUAACUUAGAGGAACCGUCGAAAGGGCCAGAGCAAUCAGAAGUACCAGAACAAUCAGCAGAGCCAGAGCAAUCAGAAGUACCAGAACAAUCGGCAGAGCCAGAGCAAUCAGCAGAACCCACAGAGACAGCUGAAUCAGUGGCACCAUCAGAGCCAGUCGAGGAGCCAGUGGAAGCGUCAAUUGAUGCAUCUGUAGAGGAAAAAAAUCCAUCUGAGGACAAUGAGGUAUCAGAACCAGCAGAAAAAGAGCCAACAGAACAAUUAACUGAAGAGCCAGAAGCAGGGUCAUCAGUACCGGAGGAAUCGGCAACAGCACCGGUAUCUGAAACCACAGAACAGCCUGAAACCACAGAACAACCUGAACCUACAGAACAGCUUGAGACUGCAGAACAGGCUACAGAACAGGCUACAGAUCAGGCUACAGAACAACCUGAAACCACCGAACAACCUGAUACCACCGAACAGCCUGAUACCACCGAACAACCUGAGACUACCGAACAGCCCGAAACAUCUCAACAGCCAACGGAACCUUAUGUCUCCGAAACCGACAAAGAGACAGGUGCUCCAUCGUCCCCAAAAGAACAAGAACAAGAACAAGAACAAGAACAAGAACAAGAACAAGAAUCGGAAUCCACUUCUCCAGAAACAAAUGUCGCUGUGAAACAGGAAAAGAAUACCGCCGACCCUUCAUUGGCUAUUCCACAAUCACAUGAAAUCGUCAUUCCUUCCUACUCGCGUUGGUUUAACCUGUCAAAAGUUCACGAAAUCGAAGUCAAAUCCCUUCCUGAAUUCUUUACCAACAGAAUACCUUCGAAAACUCCCCAGGUAUACGUCAAAUAUCGUAAUUUCAUGGUUAACUCCUACAGAUUGAACCCUAACGAAUACUUCACAGUCACAGCAGCAAGAAGAAACCUAUGCGGUGACGCAGGUGCCCUUUUCAGAAUACACAAGUUCUUAUCCAAAUGGGGAUUGAUCAAUUAUCAAGUUAACGCUUCCAAAAAACCAAAAAUGGUAGAGCCUCCUUUCACAGGCGAAUAUGAAACCAGAUAUGACGCACCUAGAGGUCUGUUCCCAUUCCAAUCGUACAAACCUGCUCUUCAACUUCCUGAUAUGACUCGUUUAAAAAAGAUUAUGACCCAAUUGGAUACACCCCAGGCUCAAUCAUCCUUGAAAAGAACAAGCGAUGAAAUGUCCAACGGAACAUCAUCUAAUGAACCAAGCUCAAGCUCAAAGACAAAUGACAUUAACGAAUCUUCUGAUAAAACCGAGCAAUCAUCUGAAGACAAAUUGUCAUCACUAACAAAUGACCGCAAGCCUAAGAGACCACGCGUAUCGGAAAUUGCAGACAAAGACUGGUCACAAGAAGAGAUCCAUAAACUAGUGGAAUUAAUUAGGGAACAUGGUACAGAUUGGUUCACGAUCGCGAAAUCUUUAGGUACUAAAACUCCGGAGCAAUGUAUAUUACGAUUCUUGCAAUUGCCCAUCGAGGACUCUUUCCUCAUGGAGGAGAAAGACCUUGGCGUGCUUAAAUUUGGUUCCCAUAUGCCAUUCAAUAAAUCUGAUAAUCCAGUUAUGAGCACUUUGGCAUUCUUGAUCGGUCUGGUAGAUCCUAAUAUUGUCCAAGAAUUGACUCAAAGGGCAAUCAGAUUGCAUGAGGAGAAGCAAAAGACUGAUAACGAGGUAAACGCUCAUUCUACGGAAGAAGAAAAGGAUACAGAAACUAACAAACUGUCGGAGGAAAAGACGCAGGACAAGGAGAAGGACGAGGAACAGAAGCAAGACGAGGAGAAACACGAGGAGAAGGAGACAGAAAAGGCGGAAGAAGAAAAGGAAGAAGAAAAAGAUAUAGAAAUGGUUGAUAAGACUGAAGAAACGAAGGAGGCCGAAAAUGUAAACGAUUCAGCAGUUCCAGAAGCAGGUGAAUCUAAAGAACAAGAAGAUUCCAAUGAGGCAAAAGAAGACGUGGAAAUGCCUGAUCAAGAACCAAACGCCCAGGACUCUACUCAAGAUAGAAAUAGCCCAGAAGAGAUAGAAAAAUCCACAUCUCCAAAGGCCAAUGACGUCGAGAAAGAAGAUAAUAAUGAAGCCAAGGAUGAAGCCGAAGCUGAAUUAGAAACUCAAGCUAAGACUGAAACCGAAACCCAAACCGAAACCGAAUCCAAGCCCGUAUCUGAAGCUAAGGCAACCGUAAAGGAUGCCACCGAAGUAGCAUUGGCCACUCUUGGUCUCCGCUCACACGUAUUCGCUACAAACCAGGAGAGACUCAUGAACAAGACCACCAAUGACCUAAUUACCACCCAACUCACAAAGGUCGAUCUGAAAUUGAAAACUCUAGACACAAUGGAAAAAUCACUGGAAUUAGAACGGAAAGCUAUUCAUAGCAAGCAAGAAGAUAUCUUCAUUCAAAGACUAAGUCUUGCAAAAUAUGCCACUUCUCUAAUGGGUAAAUUCGAAGCCCUACUAAAGUAUAUUCCUGAGAAUGAUGAAACAAAACAACAGGUAGAGGAAAUACGAAACAUGAUUUCAGAUCCACCUAAGACUAGCAUAUCAUCAAAACUCCCUAAACUAGAUGACCAAGAAGACCUAAAUAGCGAGGUGAAACCGGUUUCAGUCGAAGCUCCACAGCUCUACCGUUAUUGGUCUGGUUAA